UUGGCAGAGAAGGGGCGGAAGGAGCAGCAGCAGCAUGGCUCCAAAAAAGGCAAAGAAGAGGAUAGAAGGUGGUUCCAAUGUAUUCUCUAUGUUUGAACAAACCCAGAUCCAGGAGUUCAAAGAGGCUUUUACCAUCAUGGAUCAGAACAGGGAUGGCUUCAUUGACAAAGCAGACUUGAGAGACACAUUCGCUGCUCUAGGUCGUCUGAAUGUCAAGAAUGAAGAGCUAGAAGAAAUGGUGAAGGAGGCGCCAGGUCCCAUUAACUUCACUGUCUUCCUUACUAUGUUUGGGGAAAAGCUGAAAGGCACGGACCCAGAAGAAACCAUUUUGAAUGCUUUUAAGAUUUUCGACCCAGAAGGAAAAGGCCACAUAAAGGCAGACUACAUCAAAGAAAUGCUUAUGACACAGGCAGACCGGUUCAGCCAAGAAGAGAUCAACCAGAUGUUUGCUGCUUUCCCUCCAGAUGUCUCUGGUAAUCUUGACUAUAAGAACCUCUGCUAUGUUAUCACCCACGGCGAGGAGAAAGACUAAGAGGAAAGCAAUGAGCUUCUCCUGUGAUGAGCCUAUACAUGAAAUUAUUUCAUUGUGCUUUUGUGUGCGAGACAAAGGAAUAAACAUUCAGUAUGUGAAGCCAUGUGGUCAUCAGAAGAGAACCAAUAAAACAAUUGAAAUUAGAUUAAAGUUAUUUAAUGCUCCUGUUUUUAUAAAAGCUGAAAAUGCCAAUUUUGUGAGUUUUUCCCAUCCUUUUUUUCCUGUCAGUGGUUUGAAAUGGAAUUUUCUUGAUGAACUGAUGCUUUCGUGAUUUAUUGGCAGCCUAAUGUUCACCAGAUGGUCCAUUGGACACUACAGUAUUGCUUAACCUCUUGUCUUUUACACAUAAGCUCCAUGUGCUAAUUGAGAAAUCCUCUAACUUAUUGCACCAAGAAGAGAGCUUUGUAAGUAGAAUUCUUUUCCAUUUCA